CUCCUCUUUGACGAGCCCGAGAUUAUUGCCGAGGCCCGUGCGCUCGCACUACACAGCGUUGCGUGCGCGGCAUGGUUCCAGGACGCCAAGCUUGCCCAACUGCUUCGCGCAGACACCGCUGCGGGCGCAACGCAUCUGCGCAUCCACAACAAUCGGGCCAGCCUGGUGGAUCGCAAUCCUUUCGAGGCGGAGCACUCUGCGAUGCAGCUCCAGGACAUCAAGCGAAUAAUACUGCCAGUCGUGACAGGGCUGGUCAGCAUCAAUCCAGGCCUCGUGGCAGGGCGCAAGGAACCUCGACCGCGAGCGGACGCUGCCUCCCACGACUUCAUGCAGUACCUACACGAGCGUGCUGAAGCGUUGGCAGAGCGCUGGGCCCCAAGCGUCUUCUUCGGCAACGACGUCGACAACCAGAAGGGCUGGAUGGACUGGUGCGUCUCCUGCGUGACCGCCGCGCUGAAGAGGCCGCAGUUUGACGCGAACUUCGCCCUCGACGACGCAUUCGGCUCUGAGAUGGCACGCCGUGACAGGGCGGUCGAGAUAUGCAG